GAAACUCGAGGUUCUGGACAGGACCUGAGGACAAGCCCAGGCUGUCCCCGCCUCCUCUUCUUCCUCCUCUGCCCUCUCUACCCUGGGGCCUGUGGAGCAGAAGCUACAUCCACUUCCUGAAAGCAGCAGCCCCAGCUCAGUUCCACUCUCACUGUGAUCACCUGCCUGCCGCUAUGGGGAGCCAUCAGGACUUCCGGAGGCUUCAAGCAAAGUUCCAGGCCUCUCAGGCUGGGAUCGGUGAACUAUCCCCAAAGCCUGAGUUCAAGAAACUCCUCAAGAAGUUUCCACAGCCUGAGCCCAGUGAGCCUGCCAAGAAGUCUCUGCAGCUAGAGUUCACUGAUCUCCCGAAGAAGCCCCCGCAGCCCGAGUUAAGUGCAGUGCCCAGGAAGCCCCCGCAGCCCGAAUUCACUGAUAUCCCCAGGAAGCCCCCACAGCCCGAAUUCAGUGCGGUGCCAAGGAAGCCCCCGCAGCCCGAGUUUGCUGAUCUCCCACAAAAGCCCCCACAGCCCGAGUUUGCUGAUCUUCCCAAAAAGCCCUCCAAAUCUAAGCCCUGUGAAGUCUACAAGAAGUUCCCACAGCUAGAGGCCACUGCAUUCCCCGGGAAGCCCCCACAGCCUGAGGUCAGUGAGACCCCUCAGAAGGCCUUGCAGUUGGAGCCCAGUGCACUUGCCCAGAAGCCCCUGCAGCCAGACCUUGGCAACCCCACCAGGCCCCCCACAGAACCCAAAUUCAGUACAUCCCCUAGGAAGGUCUGGCAGCCUGAGCUCAGUGAGGCCAUCUCGAAGCCACCAAAGCCUGAGUUCAGUACCCUUCCAAAAAAGCCCCCACACCCUGAGUUCAGUGGGUUCCUCACAAAGCCCCAGCAGCCUCAGGUGUCCCCCAGGAAGCCUGAGCCCAGUGAGCCCCGCUCCAGCUUUUCACAGCCUGACCUCAGUGCCUCUCCAAAAAAGACCCCACCACCUCAGCUGAGUGACCUCCCCAAGAAGCCCCUGCAGUCUGAGUUUGGUGACCUCACCAGGACAUCCUCGGAGCCUGAGGUCUGUGUGAUUCCCAAGAGGCCACAGCAGUCUGAAUUCAAAGUACCCGCUAAGCCCCUGCAGCACAAGCUAGGCAGCCUCCCCAGGACAUCCUCAGAGCCCGAAGUCAGCCUACUCCCCCCAAAGUUCCUGCAACCUGGGGGCCGGGGGACCCCCCGCAAGUUCUCACAGCCUGAGCCCAAUGCUCUGCUCAAGAAGUCCCUUCAAGCGGAGUUCUUUGGGGAUCCUACUAGAAAGCCCCCACUGCCUGGCUCUGUUUCCGAGAGUUCACUGCUGUUGGCUGUUGCAGCCUCCAGCCCCAGGUCCCCACUGAGCCCUGGGUUUGGAGCUAGGCAGCAGAGGUCAGUUCUCACUCACAGUAGAGCAUCAAAGCUGGGCCUCAAACCCGGCUAUCCACUCCGGCAAAGGCCUCUGCCUCCAGUCAGCAGCCUGGGACCCCCUCCAGUCAAACCCCCAAGGCCACCAGGCCUCAAGGACAUCCUGAGCUCUCAGAGGCCCGCAGCAGCAGCCACAGCUCUGCGGAGGGCCCGCUCUUCUGCUGGAAUCCACUUCUGGGCCCCACAGCCUACGGAUAUCCAGAAGGACCCAGAGAUCUACGAGCUGUAUGAUGAUGUAGAGGUGACAGACUCCAGUCCCAGCCCCAAGGGCAAAGAUGAAGUGCCACCCAUCCAGCAACCCCCGAGGAAGCCACCACAAGACCCUGAACUCAGGAAGGAGAAAGCCCUCCAGCCACAGCAGUUGCUGCCUGUGGACCCUAAGGCCCUGAAGCAGAUCCGGAAGGCGGAGAAAGCCGAGAAGGAGUUCCGGAAGAAGUUCAAGUUUGAGGGGGAGAUCGUGAUUCAGACAAGGAUGAUGAUUGACCCCAAUGCCAAGACACGCCGUGGGGGUGGCAAGCACCUGGGGAUCCGGCGUGGAGAGAUCCUGGAGGUGAUUGAGUUCACCAACAAGGAGGAGAUGCUCUGCCGGGACACCAAGGGCAAGUAUGGCUAUGUGCCCAGAAUAGCACUGCUGCCCCUGGAAACAGAGGUGUAUGACGAUGUGGCCUUCCUGGACCCUCUAGAAGGCCAACCAUUCCCUCGAGGACGGUAAGAUCAGCAGGUGUGUGGACCCAGGACAACUCACCAGCCCAACCACCCACUAACCCAGGAAUCCUGGAUCCCAGCUUGAAAGUCAAAGAACUGCCA